UUUAUGGAGAAGCUCCUCAUUAUUUGUCUACUUCAUAUUGUGUGCUGUCGCGCACCAAUCAGUUUUAAUUUAGGGGUUUCCCCUAAAAAUUACUCUCUCCCUCCCAAAAUGAUCAUUCUUUAUUUCUUUUUUGAGAUUUCCUAAAAAAAUGAUGGUCAUGUUUCCCUUUUUUGAAAGAAAAAUGUGUUCAAUAUCAUUUCACUUUAUUAAACUCAAAUCUCAACCACAACUUUUACCUUUUCAACUACUUUAUUAAAACUUGUGCUCAAAAGAAAUGAGAUCAUCAGAUUGGGACGGAGGGAGUACAAAACUAAUACUAAUUUUAAAAAAUGUGACUAGUUUUAAAUAUUGACAAAAAUGUGAUUAACGAAGUCAUAUUUUUUGAUCUCAUAUUGUCACUACAAGUUUUUUAUGUCACUGUGAAUUUUUCAUGUAACUGAGAAUGUGUCACUUUCAAAUUUUUAUGUCACUUCAGGAUGUCACUGCUCGUGGAAAAUGUCAUUGUGGUUGACGGAAAAUUUUCCUGGAAUGUUUUCGGACACCCACCACCCCCAACUUGUCACUGCUGGUGCACCAUUGCCUUUGAUCUACAUUUAACUCUACGCACAACCUCCCUAGCCCCUAACCCACUCCCUGCCGGUAGCCCUAAGCACUAGAUAUCCAGUCCCACUCCCCUGCUAUACCCAUGUCCUUCUCUCACACACCUCUCUGACAUUGUGGACAACGAAUCCAACAUCAACGGUCCCAAAUCAGAACUGUGGUCCAGGUUUGGCGGAUAUGGCACCGACGACACCAAAUAGGAGUCAUCGUCCAUGGAGGACAGUGGAUCUGGCACCAGCGGCCUUAAAUCUGAAUCGUCGUCCAUCGAUGAUGGUGGAUUCAGUCACAGUGGACCUCCAUCGAGGACCACUGGUCCAGCAGAGGCACGGUUGCUGUGACAAAGAAGAAAUAGAAGAGGAAAAAGAGUUGUGACGGCGGCAGGAGUGCAGCAAAGGCGGAGAAUAUGUCUGGUCUGCGUCGUCUCCUCUAAUCCAUUGCUAUGUACAGUUGCUAGGGGAAGAAGACAGCGAUGAGGCGAUGGUUCGAUGGAAACAAAAGUGGUUAAAACUUCACGCUAAGUUGACGACGAAGGAUAGAAAGAGUUCGGUCAUAUUUUUGUCUAAGUUUUAAAAUAAAGUAAUAAGUAAUUACCCUAAAAGGGAGUAACACAUCGAUAAAAUUCCAAAUAAGAGGUGAUGUUGAUUAAUUCCCUAAAUAGAAGCUAUCCGUUAUAAGAGGUGAUGUUGAUUAAUUUUACCCCCUUUUAUAAAAUAAUUUACAUUAUCUGCCAACUUACUUUUUCUUUGCCAUAUUUUUGUGCAACCCCACCUCUUUCACUUUAUCUCCCUCUUCUUUUGCCUCAUUCAUUUUCAGAUCUGAUUUCUCUCACUUCUCCAUCUCCGAUGCGUCAGACUACAAAGACCCCAAGAGUGGAUCUUUUCCUCCAAUUUCGGCCACCGGCAGACGACGACGGCGGCGGCGAUCCUCACAGAUCUGAGAUGAUGGAGUCAAAAGAGGCUAUGGGAUGGAGAUGGCGGUGGCGGAAAUAGAGAUGGCCGGUGGUGACCCUGGAAAGAGGCAGCGGCAGAGACGGUGGUGGCAGCGGCGUCCGGCGACUGCGGAGACUGGCGGCGUCCGGCGACUGCGGAGACCGGCGGCGUCCGGUGACAGUGGAGACCGGCGGCGUCCGGAGAUAGCGGAGACCGGCGGCAUCUGGCAAUAGUGGAGACUGAUGGUGUCCAGCGACGACAGAGAUUGGCAGAGUCCGACGGCAGUUAGGAGCGGCUGGUACUGUCCUGGCAGGAAGGAAAAAUAUGUUGUUGACUUGUUGUGUAAUACUCCGUACAUUAAUUAGUUUGUUAUUCUAUUUUAUAUUUUUACUAAAUAAGUUGGAGCAAUCAUUAAAGGCAUUUUUGUCUCUUACUAUUAAUUUCCUUAUGACAAACUACACUUGAGAUACGAGUUCUACUUUUGUAUAUUCAUUAUGUUUUACUCCUAAACAAGGAAUUCUCUCUUUAAGAUAAUCAUGUACUAUGUAUAUGUCCACUUAAACAUUACAGGUAAUAUUUUUGUCAUUUAUUU